CCGAUGGCUCCACCAAUCAGCGCAGUUGUGGCCGGCGGUGGGCGGGGCGGCGGCUGACCCGGCGUGCUGUACCGAGCGGCUCGAGCGGCGCAACCGGAGCGGAGCGAGCGGCGGGCCCCCGCCGUGCACAAAAUGGCGGCCGCCGCGGCGGGGCUGCGCGCCUCGUACCACCGCCUGCUCGACCGCAUCGAGCUGGUGCUGCCGCCGCGCCUGCGGCCCUUCUACAACCACCCGGCGGGUCCCAAAACAGUGUUUUUCUGGGCACCUAUUAUGAAAUGGGGCUUGGUAUGUGCUGGAAUGGCUGAUAUGACCAGACCAGCAGAAAAGCUCAGCACAGCGCAGUCUGCAGUGUUGAUGGCCACAGGCCUGAUUUGGUCAAGGUACUCACUGGUUAUUAUUCCUAAAAAUUGGAGCCUGUUUGCUGUGAACUUCUUUGUUGGCUGUGCCGGUGGCUCUCAACUCUUCCGAAUAUGGAGGUAUAAUCAGGAGCUAAAAGCAAAACAACAAGAUCAGCUGCUGCAAAAAGAUGCUUAACCCUACAGGUCAAAUCCAGCAACGCACAAACCCUUCCCCAUGGGACCUAGCUUCACUAAUUUUAACCUUUUUUCCUCUGAGAAAAUGGAUGGGGAAUUCUAAAUGUCUUGAAAGCAAGUGUUUUCUAAGUGCAAAUAACAAAGUAUCUCCAUUCACUUAAAUAAAGUGCAACCUUUUAAAUUUAA